GCAGCGAUGUCGUUCAGUGAAGGCAAGAUGUCGUGACUCGGUGGAGAUAAUAUCGUGUAAAAGAAGGGUAGACGGCACAGGGAUUUAUCAUGGGGCCUGUAAACAUAUUAAUGAACAUAUUAUAUAUGUGUUUGGUGUUUUUUUCUAACUACGCCCUCUUCCAGUGCCACGGAAAAGCAGUGGACAAGUCCGCUCUCAAACAUCAGGUGCUAGAGAUGUUUAAUCAUGCUUUUGACUCAUAUAUGACAUAUGCUUAUCCAGCUGAUGAAUUAAUGCCUCUUAGCUGCAAGGGGCGUGUCAGGGGUGAAGAAACCAGCAGAGGUGAUGUAGAUGAUGCUCUGGGAAAAUUUUCACUAACAUUGAUAGACACUUUAGAUACAUUAGCACUGCUUGGUAAUUAUAAGAAGUUUGAAAAUGCAGUUCAGCUUGUCAUACGUGAUGUGACAUUUGACACAGACAUUGUUGUCUCUGUCUUUGAGACUAACAUCAGAGUUUUGGGGGGUUUAUUAGGUGGGCAUGUGAUGUCCCUUGCAUUAAAGGAAAGCUCUGAUUAUAUGCAGUGGUAUAAUGAUGAGUUAUUAAAUAUGGCUAAAGAUUUGGGCUAUAGACUACUGCCAGCAUUCAAUACUUCUACUGGCAUGCCAUUUCCACGGGUAAAUUUAAGAUAUGGAGUGGUGAAUUCCAAGUCACGUACGGGUACAGAGAGAGACACUUGUACAGCAUGUGCUGGCACUAUGAUUUUGGAAUUUGCUGCCCUCAGUAGGCUGACAGGGGAGAGCAUUUUUGAAGAAAAAGCUCAUCGUGCCAUGCAGUAUAUUUGGGAAAAAAGACAUCGGUCUAAUAAUCUGGUGGGUACCACCAUCAAUAUACACAAUGGGGAUUGGGUUAGAAGAGAAAGUGGAGUUGGUGCAGGCAUCGACUCUUACUAUGAAUAUUGUCUUAAAGCCUAUAUUCUUCUGGGUGAAGAGAUCUAUCUAGAAAGAUUUAAUAAGCACUAUGAUGCAAUCAUGCGUUAUGUUAGCAAUGGUCCGCUUCUAAUUGAUGUACAUAUGCAUAAGCCAACAACUAAGUCCAAGAACUUUAUGGAUGCAUUAUUAGCGUUUUGGCCAGGCCUACAGGUUCUUGUGGGAGAUAUUAAGCCUGCUAUUGAAACCCAUGAAAUGCUAUACCAAGUAACAAAAAGAUACAAUUUUCUUCCUGAGGCAUUUACUGUUGACUACAAUGUGUACUGGGGUCAACAUCCUCUGAGGCCAGAGUUUGUGGAAAGUACUUUCUUUCUAUACAAGGCAACCAAUGAUCCACACUAUUUAGAAGUUGGUAAAAAUAUCAUUGAUAAUUUGAAUGAGCAUGCCAGGGUACCAUGUGGCUUUGCAGGCAUGAAGGAUGUACGUACAGGAAGUCAUGAGGAUAGAAUGGAUUCCUUUGUUUUGGCUGAGACAUUCAAGUACCUAUAUCUCUUAUUUUCUGAACCUGAAGAUUUAUUUAUUGAUGUUGAUGAUUAUUUAUUCACCACAGAAGCUCAUUUACUACCUCUCUAUCUGGGAAACAUUAAAAAUCAGUCUGCCUCAUCCAAAAACUUUGAACCACAGCCUCCAAUAUCAGUGGAAUUCUUGGAUGGUGAUAGGACAUGUCCAAAUCACAAUUAUAAACAAAACUUUGCCCAGUUUGCUGAUUUGGUGAGGAAACCUCUACAGGAAUCAGAUGCAUUACAUGUAGACUAUUGUUCACAGAAUCUAAAAUCUAGUUCUAAAAGAUCACAGAAAAGCUCUCAGUUGAGAGCAGUUGAUUUUAUCCCUGGGAACAGAGAUCAUGAAGCUAUAUUGAAACAGAUGGGUAUCCGAAUGGUUACAAUGCGAGAUGGUAGAGUACAGUUACUACACACAGCAUCACAGGCUUCAACUCCAGAAGAUGCAGAGGAAGGAAUGUUAUUUAUGCAAGACAUGAUUGAACUCUCUAAGAUACAGUCACAAGAAGAAUAUCAACCGAGAGCCAUUCAGUUUAUCUCCAAUCCAUACAAUGGUAAUAUAGUCCUAACUGCGGGUCCUGCUCAGUUUGGUCUCGAGUUACAUGGACAUUUUGGGGUAUGUGGUCAAGUAGUUGUGGCAGACCCUAUCCGGGGGUGCGGACAACUAAAGAAUGACAACGUAGUUGGGAAAAUAGUGAUUUUAGAGAGAGGUGAUUGCAUGUUUAUUGAUAAGGUGAGAAAUAUUCAGAAAUAUGGCAGCAUUGGGGCUAUAAUACUUGACAAUAAUGAAGCCACCAGUAGUGACCUAUCUCCAAUAUUUGCCAUGUCUGGGGACGGUACCACAGAUGUCAGUAUUCCAGCUCUCUUUCUAUUCUGGAAAGAAGGAAAAAUUCUGCUUAAUGCUGUCAAAGAACAUGCUGGUGACCUUGAAGUUCUAUUGUCAGAUAGAGCUAAGUCAGUAGAAGAAAUUCUGAAGCUAAGAGAAGAUAAAAAGAGUUUACCAGAAAGCACUUCUGCUGAAAAGAAAUCUGGAUUUGAUGCUCAGAAGACUCCUGGACCUGAGCUUCCAGAUGAACUUGUUGAUGCAAUCCUACAGGAGGUUCAGAAAAUGGCAGAGGGAAAAGGAAUUGCGGAGUAUUUAAAGCAGUUAGAGGAAACACAAAAAGAUUUGAAAUCAGUCGGAGUAGAUGUGCAGCUACAGUUGCAAUUUGGGGAUCAGAUUGACAGUGUAAAAUCACCAAAUGCAGCAGAAUUGACCAUUGAAUGGACUAAUAAAGAUGACGCCAACAACCAUCAAAAACUAGACCAAAAGAUGCAUCCGGGUGAAAACUCAAAAGUUUGUGAGAAACUAAACGAGGAGGACAAAACACAAGAUGAAUGUGUUUCCCUGCAGCAAAAGGGUGAACUAGAAAUGUCUGAGGAUCGGAAGGAAAUUAUUUCCCAAUAUGAAGGUUUGCUCCCAACAAAUCCGCAAUCACCAGGUCAGAGUAAACAGAAUCCACAACCAAAGUCAACGACUGUGAUACAUGGACAGAAAACACCAGAACAUAUGAAAGCAACUCCAGAAUUACCUUUGAAAGUACAGCAUAGUGCUACUAAGGCACAGUGGUUGGAGCAGCAAGAACUCCAUCAGCAACAUGUGCUUCGUCAUCAACAGCACUAUGAACAAUUACACAAAUAUGUGGUACAUGAACAAGAACAGCAACUCCAGAUGCAGCAACAUAUUGAGCUGCAAAAGCAGCAACAUGAACAGCUUAAACAGCAACUGGAAACUAAGCAGAGUGUAGCAGAGCAAAGCAUUGCAGAAUCUGAUGAAGCAAAAGAUACACUUUGA